AACGGCACGCCAUCACUCUAGUAAAUUGUAGAUUUUUCGUUAUUUUUUUUGUUUAUUACGGCAAAAAAGUGAACGGUUAAAAGCUGCAGGAUGGGUUCACAGACUGUGCCCCUGUUUGAGGAUUGGCAGUCCAAGACCCCAUACCCUCAUAGCAUUUGGCGCCUGUUCCAGGAACAGAUAGGCUGUGAUGUUGUGUUUGAGGUUGGACCAGACCUUGAAAGGAUAGGAGCGCAUUCCACCAUACUUAUGAGUCGGAGUUGCGUUUUAUUGUCGGAGUUUGCAGCUGGCGUACCGGAACGAGAGAUUCAGUUAUCAGAGUUUCAGCCAGAAGAAUUCUCUUGUUUUCUAGAGUUUUUGUAUACAGGCGCACUUAAUAUCACAGGGAUAAGUAGUGUAAAAGUACUUGCCUUGGCAGAGAAAUACAAAGUCAGUGAACUAAUUAAGUCCCUGGUUGCUACACAGCUUGAGGGCAUGCUUGUGGAUGAGUUCUGUCCAUUUGUCAGAAAGAAUGAAAAACAUAUGACAGAUUUAAUAAAAUUCAAAUGUCUUGAAUAUGCAUUCGAAAAUGCAGAGGCGAUUUUCCAGAGCGGAACAUUCCAGACUUUGCCGCUUUCAUUCUUAAAAGAACUUCUUGCACAUGAUAGACUGGUGUUGAAUGAAGAAAUUAUAUGCACGGCUGUCCUGUUAUGGGCAUCAAAGGAAUGUGAAAUGAGAAGAUUGGAUGUUAACGGACAAAAUCAGAGAGUAGUACUAGAGGAUGCGAUAUUCGAUAUAAGAUUCCCACUGCUAAGUCAAGAUUAUUUCACCGAAAAUAUAUCAGAGAAGGGUUUGCUAACAGAUACUGAAGAGGUUCAUAUUUUGAAGUAUUAUUUAAAUCCUAAGAAAGUUACAGACAUUACCUUUAAAACAAAGGAACGUGCAGCUCCAAGUAGUCCCUUUAGAUAUUCACCAACCAAGGAAACGCCUAUGGAUGCUUCCAUGUCGGGUAGCUUCGUCAAUGAUCCUGAUAUUCCAAUUGUGCAUCCAUUGACCGGGGCAAAACAGGGAUACAUUCAGCGUUUUCCCGAACGUGGUAUUGGUUGGGGUUACCGUGGCAACAAGAAAGAUGCUGUUGUAGUUGAAGCGAGUCAAGAUGUAAGAAUUGAUUUUAUAUACGUUUACGGAAAUUGCAAAGUUGACGGCAAUAUGGAAGUGUUGCUGGAAAUUCAAGAUGAAAGGAAUAAUAUAAUUUCGUCAACAGAAGCAAAUAUUGGAUGCAAGGUAACCAAACCAACAUACGAAAUAGGAGUUGAAAAUGAAAAUGGCUCCUAUGGUGUAAGACUGAAUGCAGAUGAAGAAUAUCAUAUGAUUCUCACAAUAAAGGCAGAUAACGGUUACUAUGGAAAAGGCGGAAAAUCGAAAUGCUCUGCUGAAGGUGUCGAUUUUGUGUUUAAAAAUAGUCGGUUCUCAUCAAAUAAUACAAGUGUUUCGAUUGGUCAGCUAGCAGGAUUUAAAUUUGCUAUUUGUUGAAGAUAGUUUCAAUUGUUGUAUGAGACUGAUAAAGGUGUGGGCAAGACAAUUUAUUGAUAUAAACAGACAUUUAAUGAACUAAUUGUUGGACACAGUCAAAACUUACACACCAUUUUAAAAUCAGGGAAAGCUCCAAAGCUUUAAUAUCCAUCUAUACUGCCAUACUAUACGUAUAUUUGAACUUGCUAAGAAAGAUUAGCAAUGUUGUAAGAUCUAGAGUUACAGUAAUUUAUUCAGUAUGUAGUGUGUGUAGUUGAAGAUGACUAAAUGAGAGGAAGGAAAUGAAUCACUAGUUGUUUGUGAAAUCAUUAAAAAAUGCAGAAAUUAAAGCCAGUAGGUUGAAUCG